AAAAAAGAAGAAAAGGGAAAUCCAAAAGCCGCCAAAUCAAAAACCCUCCCUGCUUUUUUUCUUUUCAAGUGUUGAGGUAAUUAUUUUAGCGUGGACGUUUGAUUUGAGAGAGAGAGAGAGAGAGGGAGAGAGAGAGAGAGAAACACAACAAAUGGUAGAAGAGGUUAAAAACGGGGGGUUUCAACGGAGUUAUAGAGAGAAGACGAAACCCUAAUCAAUCUAUUGCAUUGAAUGAGAUUGCAUGUGUGCAUAAGGAGAUGAGGGUUAUUUCUGGGAGAAGUGAGGCUGAGGGAUGUUAAGGGUACUGCCGUUUCAAAUAUGAUGGCAAAAUGUGUACUGGACUAGGUCAAUGAUGAGAAUGAAAUUUUUUUCCUGUUGGAAAUGGAAAAGAUAGAUCAUAGAUAAUGCAGUUGAGUAUUGGCAAAGUCUCAAGUCUGGUUAGGAAGGAUUAUGGGCACAUAAGAGGCUCCUGUUAUGCUGUUCAUGGUGUUUUAAUGAUGCAAAUGUGAGAAUUGGUUGUGCUUGGGGAGGAGUGCCUUAAGGUCAUAUUUGGAUAAUCCAGUGUGUUCUCAAGCUUCUUACUUCCUCUUAAAAUGAAACCAAGAACUAAUGGGACUUCUAGAGGUCAGAAGGCACAAAAUUUUCAGGGUGAGAGACCAAAUUGGAUUCUUAUUGCAGGUGGUGCCUUGUUAAGUACAUUGUCAAUUCGCCUUGGUUACAAGCUCAAGCAGACACUGGACUCAAAGCAGCAGGCAAAUGCUAGUGAUGGUCUGAAAGGGAACAUGAAUUCAUCUGAGAGGAGAUCUCCAGGUUGCAAUAUGCAUUCAAACAUGUAUUCCUUUACACAAGGUGAUGAUGUCUGCUUCAACUGCAUUUCAGGGAAUGAAGGCAUUGCAAAUCUGAAGCACCGGUCCAAUGACCAGAUGCUGUCUGAAUCGGACGUUGCUCUACCUUUGGUGAUGGUUCCUGCUGCGGAAUUCACCAAAGAGAAUGGUGUUAUGUGGGUAUCAUCUCCUGAUCGCCUCGAGUUGCCUCCAAAGCCAUUCAGCCAUUCAAACUGCUCUGACUCACCAAGUGUCUCGGAAUCUGGUUCUGACAUCCUCAGCAAAAGAGAAGUUAUACAGAAGCUGAGGCAGCAAUUGAGGAGGAGAGACGACAUGAUUCUUGAGAUGCAGGAUCAGAUUCUGGAAAUACAGAAUUCGCUCAAUGCUCAGCUGACACUUUCUUCAAAUUUGCAAUCACAGCUCGAUGCAGCUAACAGGGAUUUGUUUGAUUCUGGAAGGGAAAUCCAGAGGCUCAGAAAGGCAAUUGCUGAUCACUGUGUGAAACAUGUGGACACCAAUGACAGACCAUCAACAAUCACAGCAUGGCCAUCUGAGGCUAGAAAUGGCCAUGCAAAUGGGUAUCUUGAUGGGGAAAGCAAUUUUGAGACAUCGGAAAAGGGAAGGGGAGAUGGCGGGAGGAUUGAGAUGCUGAAGAGGGAAGUAGGUGAUUUGAAGGAAGUGAUAGAAGGAAAAGAGUACUUGCUGCAGAGCUACAAGGAGCAGAAGGCAGAGCUUUCCAUGAAGAUUAUGGAAUUGCAGCACAGAUUGGAUUCGCAGCUCCCUAAUAUUUUGUAGGCAGUGUUAGGAUGUGUAUUCUUGCUUGUUUUCCACGUUCAUUUCUUUGAUUCUACGUUCCAACGUUUGGGAGAAGCUUCUGUUUUGUCGUUUCUUUGUAAAAUUUCGUGUGGUUUAGUUUAGAAUGUUCUAUGCAUUUUCUGGGCUUGUUCAAAAGUGUGCAUUGUUGGAGUUGAGAGAUCUUUUGGCUGGCAAGUAUCUAAACACCUUUAUACAGAAUCUGAAAACAAAGUUUCCACGGGGA